GAAAGUCGUCUUACUUUUUCAGAGUUUUCUGGUUCUAACUGUGUAUCUAUCUACAUGAUUAAUAUUUUCUUUCUAUAGGAAUUCAGAAGCUUCAAAUAAAACCCGGUUUCCACCAAAACUUCCAGGAACCGAAUAUAAGAAAUUUGAGUUAGGUCGCUGAACUACCUACUGCUGGUUUAAGAUUCUAAGAUUCUCGAGGAUUUAAGCCAAUGUUUUAUGAUUUGAACUGACGGUAGGUAGGUAUAGCGACCUCUCUGAUUUAUUAAAUUCGGUCCCAGGCUCGGUAUUUAAGGGAAAUCCAAAGAGUCGGAUCUAUACCACAGCCUCCUCCUUCAGGAAAAAGGAAACCACAAAGUUUGCAGCAAAAAUUCAACCGUUGAAUAAAAUUAAAAGCUCUGCCUACUCCAACAUGUAUUCACUUGGAAAGGACUUCCAGAAAACAGCAGGGUCUAAAAUGAACGAAAUCCAAAAUGUAAAAAUAAUUUCACACCAGAAGGAAAUAGGUAAACCUUCAAAAGACACUUUAAUAGAAGCUGAAAGUUAUGGAACUUACUUGAAUAAAGAUCUUGAAACUCAGCUUGGGCCUGCUGAAUAUCAAUAUACUGAAAAGACAGCUGUGACAUUAAUCCCAAGUCUUCCACCAUCAACACAUUUUCCAAGAUUCUUUUCAGCUGCUCACAAACAUUCAAGUAGAAAAAUUAAAUCAGAACCAGAAAUAAAAGGAAUGGAAAAAAUAGAUGUGAUCUCAGCUCCAUCUAUUGGCGGGAUAUUAAGACAAGAAAUAUUUAAAAUAUUUCCAAUUUUCACAACGCCAGCUCCUUUCCUUACUACACUUAAGACUAUGGAAGAAAGAAUCAAUCAAAUUGUGCGAAACAAAUCUAAAGGCACUCAGCUAAAUCUUCAACAGAGACCAGGCAAAAUAAAAAGAAAAUCAAAUUUAGGUGCUGAUGACUUGUAUCCCUUCCACAGAAUGCGAUCUCUCUAAAUAAUAAAAUAUAUUCAAUAUUAACUCUUUAUUCAAUUAAGAGGCAUGUU